GGCCGCCAAGUCUGCACCGGAUGCGCGUCCCGUCGGGUUCCGUGCGCUGCAGCAUCGAAGGCGGCGCUACAUCCGGUAGCGAUGGAGGAGGCCUCCGAGUCUCGCUCCGAAGCUGCGGAGGCUUCCUACCCUCCGCAAACGGCGGCGGAGACGGAGGAGCUGCGCGGGUGGAGCGAGGCGCAGUUCCGGCACUACAGCUUCGCGACGCGGCCUAUCGCCCGGCUGCGCCACGGAGACCCACGCGCCGAGGAACUGCUAGAGAACGAGGAGCCGGUGGUGCUCACCGACACCAAUCUGGUUUAUCCCGCCUUGAAGUGGGACCUGGAUUACCUUCAGGAGAAUAUUGGGAGUGGGGACUUCUCGGUGUACCGAGCCAGCACCCACAAAUUUCUGUACUACGAUGAGAAGAAGAUGGCAAACGUGAAAAACUUCAAACCGAAGUCCAGCAGAGAGGAGAUGAAGUUCAGGGAUUUUAUGGCACAACUCCAGGAAACCGAGCAGCAGGGAGGCGGAGAAAGGUUAUAUCUUCAGCAGACCUUAAAUGACACAGUUGGAAGGAAAAUUGUGGUAGAUUUCCUGGGCUUUAAUUGGAACUGGAUUAACAGACAGCAGUCGAAGCGAGGCUGGGGUCAGCUGACAUCCAACUUACUUCUGAUUGGCAUGGAAGGAAAUGUGACACCAGCUCACUAUGAUGAACAGCAGAAUUUCUUUGCUCAGAUUAAAGGAUACAAACGAUGUAUUCUAUUUUCACCAGACCAGUUUGAAUGCCUUUAUCCUUAUCCUGUGCACCAUCCAUGUGACCGUCAAAGCCAGGUUGACUUCGACAAUCCUGAUUACGAGAAGUUUCCUAAUUUCCAGAACAUAGUUGGCUAUGAAACAGUAGUUGGCCCAGGCGAUGUGCUUUAUAUUCCCAUGUAUUGGUGGCAUCACAUUGAGUCAUUGCUGAAUGGAGGAAUUACCAUCACUGUAAAUUUUUGGUACAAGGGUGCUCCAACUCCUAAAAGGAUUGAAUACCCCCUAAAGGCUCAUCAGAAAGUAGCUGUAAUGAGGAACAUAGAGAAAAUGUUGGGGGAGGCACUUGGAAAUCCACAAGAGGUGGGCCCCCUGUUGAAUAUGAUGAUCAAAGGGCGGUAUGACUAAUCUUGGACUUCUGCAGGAUAUUGGAGCCAUUUCACCUAAAGGGGGAAGAUAUUAAGCGCUAAUAUUGCACACAGCACUUAAAAACAGAUGGAUUCUUGAUCCAGCUCUGAUCCACUCUGCCCACCUAGGGGAAUGACUAGAACUCUGAAAUGUUCCAUUUGUCCCUCCUUCAACUUCACCAAACCUUAUAGAAUAAUUCAUCCUGAAACCAUCACCAGUAACUCUUAUGUUCUCCAUCUGCCUAGAUACAACAAUUGGCACCCAGUACUUGAUGAUAUUUAUUUGUGAUAGCACCUUUGUGAUCACCUACAUAAGAAUUACCCCAGGAACAAUUUUGAUUUUCCUUCUAUAUUUCAGUGUUAGGAAUCAACACGGAUAACUUUCAACUGUAAAUCAACUCAUAUCUAUAAUUAGCAUAUUUUCUUAAAGGCUACCUUCUCUUUGAUAUUGCAACUUCUUAAACUAAAGCUCGUUGAGGGAUACAGAAAUAUUAAGGACACAAGAGAUGGAGACUUUAAGAGCUUUUAAACCCAUUGUGUCAUUUUGUCAUAAACAAUACAUUGAUUUCUAAUUCUAUAAAACUAGGCCAAAUUGCCUAUGUAUAGAAAUUGACUUUUCCACUCAGGACGUUAAUAGAAUGGGACAAGCCAUAGCGAGUGCCCUUAGUCAAUAAAACCUGUGUGUCAUAUUUUUCACUUAGCCAUGCAUGGUUAUACUUCCUCAUUGCACUCUGCCUUCUCUAGGCCAAAUUAAGUGCCAGAUCAGUUGGUAAAGAGAAGAGAGCAGCAAAGCUUUUUUUUUAAAUUUCCAUUUUGCUCUUUCAUAUGUCUGGAAAGAGAUAGGAAUAUGGGCUUUGUAAUUGUAUUUCAUUAACCAAGGAAUGCAGAUUUUAGAGUUUAACUUCUAGAUAACGAAGGAAAAGUUUCUUCACAAAGUCACUUUUCUAUGAGAGUUUAGAAGACCCAUCCUGGGUCAUUGAUUUUUUUUGAAGAUCAUUGAUAUUUUCCAGCAAGAUAGAUGAAAGUUAGAUAUUGGGACAACAUAUACAUAACCAGAGUUUCUGGGAUCCUCUGCAUUCCUGUUUACUGUGAAUUCUAUACAGAGCUGAACAAGUGUCUGAAGCCAGGAUUCUUGGCUUUUUUCGGGGAAGGUUGAACCUGAAAAUGCCAUGCAGCUUUGUUACAAGUAAAGCCUUUGAUAUAGUUUCAAGCCACAAGGAGGCAGCAGAAGACCAGCAUUCCUGAUGCUAUCACAGGAAGAAGGUGGCUUUCAGAGGGCAACAUUGGACUUGAUGAAUAGUAAUAUCAAUAAAAUCAUUCUGCCUUUGGCUGAAACAAAGCAAUUCCUGUGUUUAGUCCUUGAUGUGAAAUGGCACCCCAGAAUGGACCUGUGGAAUAUUGUGUAUUUAUGUAGAAAAGCCCAGCUUGUCAUUAGAAAGAAGACGAAUGGAAAUCCACCCUUCCAAUAUGUUUUUCUUUUUGCCAAAGGUGUAAAUUUGAAAAUGUCUAAAUAGUUGGUUUGGGAAAAGAAUACAUUGCACUUUAAUAGUGCAAAAGCUUAAUUUACAAUGCACUGAUAAAAGACAGUUUUAGGUACUGUUAACUUUUGUUUUUUUAAUCUUGUGUUUUGAUGCCUGCUGUUGGGAAAAAUUGUGUCUAGUGUGAAAAAAUGUGGGAAAUACAUAAUACCUUCUGAAAUGUAGUUCCUAAAAUACAGCUGCUGUUGAAUU